ACCACUCUUCAAAAAUGCCAAAGAAUUCCCUUACCCUUGGAAGGUACCCCAGCCAACCUCCUGCAUACCUACCCUGCUCAACGUGACCUGGAAGUGACAAGCUUGCGCUAGGAUACCCAACGUGAAGACUGCACGAUCUCUAGCUUUGAUUUCACAAAGUUGUAUCUGGAAGAAGUGGUGAUGAUGAUCCAAACUGCAAAAUAGUGUCACUGUAGAUGACUUGUGCAUUACAUGGAAACAUUUCUCGGAAAGUGAAAAUUGUACCACGGUGAACUUCUGGUACUCUGCCAUUUUUAAAACUUGUUAUUUGGACUUGAGUUGUGAAAGUGUGAGAAUGGCAGCUCAGACUCAGACAGCUGGAACUCCUGACAGUCCCUCCAAGCACAUUGUAUCGAAAACAGUGAAAACAAUAGUUCCGACACUUGAAGACUGCCCCUACACACAAUAUUACUGUGAAGAAAAUGUCUGGAGAUUAUGCGAGUACGUCCAGUGCAAUGAAGCACAAGACUUGGGCAAAUGUUACGUGGCCUUUAUCAGUAACGAGUCCCGCUGUGUUCCUCUCUGGAGACAACGAAUAGGGAAAUCAGAAGAUAAGCUCGUCUCCUGGGAUUAUUCUAACAUCUUCACAUGUGUUGCUCCGAGUGAAAAGGACUACCAUGUGAUUUUCAUGUAUGAGCCUGAUGACCGCUGUUUAGUGUAUGACUUGGAUUCGGAUUUACCCUUCCCAACAUACUUUCACAAGUAUGUUACAGAAACCCUCCGCACUGACCAUAUACUACGACCAGAACAUCACAGGCAUUUCCGUGUAAUUCCUGCAUCAGUUUACCUUCAAAAAUUUGCUAGUGAUAGACGACACAUGAAAGAUGAGGAUGGAACUUGGAAACAUCCACCACCUUCAAAUCCUCCCAUUUCUACAUCAGAGGCUGUGCACAACUUAGAUGACUUCAUCAGCAUGGACCCCAAAAGAGGCUUUGGGACAGUAUACAAUCUCGAAGACUUUGUGCGCAGGUUUUACAAAAAUCUGUAGUGUGUAGUUUUAAUGAAAUGCCACUAUGGCAAACACCUUUCAUAUAAGUUUUCAGUUAAAAAUCAGCAGAUUAUUUUGGCAUUUAUUGACAUCUAUUCCAUUAUAUACUAUCACAUCAUUUUGCUAAAUUCUUAUCGUGAAAAUCUUUAGAAAGUAUAGUGUGAGUAUAUAUACAUACCUCCAUUUAUAUGAGAUUUAGAAGACUUAUAGACUCAUGUAUUAUUCAUUUUCAAUAUUCAUGCAAGGGUUGAAAUGCAUUUCUGAUUUAUUUUACUCAUUAGGUUGUGGAGGCCUUUGCUCUGAAUGAUAGUUCAUGUUUUGCAAAUUUUGAUAUAUGUGAAAAUGCUUCCUUCAUGAAAAUGAAACUGGUUAUCAGUUUUUUAAUGAGGAAGCCAGUUCUGGAUGGAUGAUUACUGUCUUUGUGAUAAACAAUAUACUUCAGUAUUUUUUAUAUAUAUAUAUAUAAUAUAUAUCUGUUGUGAUAAACUUCAUUCACAUAACACUAUGCCAUAUAUUCACAAACAUUUAUUUAACAGCGUGGUUAUAGGUUUUCAGAGUGGGAAAAGUAUUUAUAGAUUAAUGUUAAUGAGGCUAAAAAUGCUGACAUGAUGUGCAAGGUUUCAGAUUCUAAUAUUACUGUUUAUGAUGAUGAUAUCUGGUUGACAAAGAGAUUCACUGAAGGGUAAAUCUUAUGUAAUAUGAAAAUUUAGGAGCAUGCACUUGGGAAUCUGUUCUUAAAUUUUUUUUUUUUUUUUUUUUUGCAUUGCUUCCUACAAAAUACAGCUGUAAGAUAAGUUUUUAUGUUUUCAUGGUACUUUGGUGUUACUGUGCCUGCUUUUAAAAAUUUCAAAUCUUUUUCUUAUUUUUACCAGGACAAUAUUGUAAUUUUCAUCAGUUUCAUGCCAAAAGCAUGAUUUGCAAUAGCUCUUUGGUAAGAUUGUGUACCUACAAACAUUCUUAAGUUUGUCAAGUGUAUUCAGAUUUAUUUUCCUUAAUCCUUGUAGCACAAAAAUUGACAGGACUUUACUAUGGUUUUCUUCUUGAUGUCAUUGUUGAUCAGGAAAUUACAUGUACUGUUCUACUUUAAAUGUACCUGGUACAUUAUAUGAACCAAACAAGUUGUUAUUGUCCUCAUGCUGUAAAUUAACCUGCGUAAAGAAUUUAGUAACAACAAUAAGUUAUAGUUUUGUUUGCUCUCAAUUUUAAAUAAAAGGCUGAAUAACAUAAAAGCUUUAUACAAUGAACAUGAAAUAAGCAACGAAAUAUUUUAUUAAUUUUAACUUGUUGUAUUUUACUUGUGGCUAUGUUUCUGGAACACUACAUUUUCAGUAUGUCCACUUACACUUAAUUGGGUACUGUCUUGUGACACAAGUUAGUUUUGGCUUCAAUUUCUAGCUAGAAUGGUGGCUCAAACCAGUUUAUUUCAGCAUUGCUGUGGCAUCCUUUUUUUGUUUUCUUUGUGUUGUCAUAAGGACCAACAAGAAACUAUUAGGUAAUUGAUCGUGAUAUGGUCACCUUCAGUAAAUAUUUUCUCUGCAUUCAUUGCUGGUGAUGUUUGUACAGUAACCUAACAAAUAUCUGGGAGAAUUAGUUUGCACAUUAUUGACAUUGUAUGGCAACAAGAUAAAACAACAUUUAUAAUCAUAUUUUUAAGUUAGGAAUGGCAUGAUAUUUAUGAGGUACAAAGGUACCCACGGCUAAAGAAUUGUUUAGAAUCAUUCUAUUUAACUGAUCACUGACAUGAAUUUUCCAAUAUGUAUGUAUAUUUUUUAUUCAUAAAUAUGUCAAAUUUUUUUGUUGGAAGAUGCAGAGAAAGUAUUGGCACCAGAGCAAAUAUCUUUUAAAGAAUAAUGUAAAAUAGUAAUUAGUGUUGGUUCAGACUAGGGUCAUCUGUAAAAAAAAAUUACAGCUGAGAGGGGCUUAAAAAAAUUGCUUUGCUGCUCAUUUUCUCUUGUGUCCCAUCUUGAACUAAAAUUGUUGAAAGUUUUGAAUUUUGAAAUUACUCUAUUAUAUAUUCCCAAUCACUAUGGAGGUAAAAAACUGGAACAGCAAAUGCUCUAUUGCAAUCUUUCGUGUUGACAUACCUGGGUAAUAUGCAAGGGAAAGGGCAAAUGACGUCAACUUUGGCAACCAUAAAUAUAAGACAAAAUUGCAAAUAUAAAUAGGAAAAUUUUCCUUAAAAGCGCUGUAAUAGCCUCUCUAAUUUAACAAGCAUGGCAUGCUGUAAUAUAAAGAAAAUGAAAACUCAAGUUUAUCUAUAUUUUAAGAACAACUAAGUUAUACACAAAAUGGAAUUCCUUACCAUGUAAGACUGAAUUAGCCAAAUAUAAGCAGAUCAUGCUAAAUUUAAUCAGACCACUGAGUCCACAUUCUUUAUUUUGGAGGGCUGACAUGGAGACCAUACUAAAAACAGUACCUGUAACCAAAAAAAUAGUUACAAAAUACAUUUAGUAUCUUGUAGAACACAAUGUAAUUCCAUUAGCUAUCUUAUGAAAUAAAGAAAACCAGAUACAUUUCUGAAGUGUAGUUAGCAAACAAAUAAUUUUAUUAUCUAAUAAUCAUACUACAGUGCUGUUCAGAUUCUGGAUACUGAUAAUGGACUAACAGAUUUCUUGCAUACAAGUAAUGUAUGCUUACCAUCUUUGAGAAUGUAAUUGUUCCUCUAGUUAAAAUCUGCUACCAGGGCCUAAGGUACAAUUCGUAAAUGUUUCAAGACAGGAUUACUGGCUGUUAUUGCAGACAUUUGCAUCACAGUAACUGUAUGGUAUAGUGGAAUAUUGACUGCCUGAACCUUUAGAUACGUAAAUUUCCAAGUACUUUCAAAUUUGUUAUAUAUUUACAAUUCUUUACAAACAUCAACUGUUCUACAGAAAAGAUAAACUCAAGUUACAGAUCAAAUAUGGUACAGAUUAAACCUCUUGUAAAAAUGUGCAUAUGGAAUACCAAGGCAAAUUAAAAGUAAUGCAUUACACCUCUGGUUCUUACCAUUAAGCCCCCUUUACCCUGAAAAUUCCAUUAAACACAGACAUGGAUAUGGGAAUUAUGAAUGCCUUCAGCCUUUAAUAUUACUGUUCAAUAAAGUAGAGUACGUAUCUGAGUUUUGGUACAUUUUUGAGAUGCAGUAUAAUGAACCUUCUUGUGUGGUCAGCAUAUAUGUGGUUUGUACUGAUGACAUCACCACCACUUCUCAUAAUGAUAGUGAGAGAGAAGAUGAAGGGUCAGAGUGUGACAAUGUAAAGUAUUAUAAACCAAAUAUUUUGAGGAAAACAUGAAAAAUUUUUCGAAAAGGUGAAAGUUGAAUAUGAAGUCUUAAAUUUUGAGUUCCAGUUAUUCUUCAGUUAAUUAAGAGUAUAAGUAACCCCCUCAUCCAGAAGAGCAUCAGCUAAAUACAUAGCCUGAAAGUAUCUCUAUUACUAAUUAAAUCUAAGACUGCACCUUACACUUACAGCACACAAGCCAAAGUCGAAUAAACUUAUUAGUUCUCUGGUGAAUAGUGGCAGAAUGCUGGGUACUUUGAGUAACUACUGGAUGAUCUUCAAAGUGAAGAUAAUGUUGUCUAUGGAUACCCCAAAAUUAGAAAAGUUAUCAUCUAGAAGUGUUUAACCAGUUAUAAAUGUUCCCAUGCAAGUAGAGAAAAUCCACAAAGCCAGAGAAGACUAUUAUGACUAUUAAUGGCAAUGAAUCUGCCAAAGGUCCACUGGUAGAGGAAUACUGGAAGUCUUUCCAAUGAAUUUUACAAAACCCUGGAUGAGAGAGAGGAAACUCACUGCACUUGGGGAAUGGAUAUUGCAGAAUGCCUUACACUCCCUGCCCCAUACAUAAAAUAACUUAUGAGUGACAGGAUGAUUUUACAGUAAAUUAGCGUAUGAGUGACAAGAAAAUAUCAAGAGUAUUCAGAUGUAUAUGACAAAAUCUAGUCCUUAAAGAAAGUGCUUGAAUGAGUUUUAGACAAAUAAACAUUUUAUUUCAGGUUCGUAAAGUUGUGAAAUGUCUAAUAGUUUAAUAUAAUUGUUACACAAGUAUUUUUGGGCCGCUCAGUUUUUAUAAAUUGCUGAGAGUCUGCCAAUUUAGACACUACUUUUAAUGUUUAUGGUUGGACAGUUACUUAAAGGCACUGGUAAAUUCCUUCUUGUAGCAAUAUAAAAUUUAAACCUGUAAUUAAGGUAGAGAUUUUUUAUCUGGAAAUCAGGGCCCACUCCUGAAUUUUGUUAAAAAAAUUUUACAAGCCCAAUAAACUUUUGAGAAAUACGUUCCUCAAAGUGUGAAGGAAGAUAUCAAAAUUUAGUUUUUAUCUGGAAAACAUCCUAUGAUAAACAAUGACAAUAAACAGGGUUGAUGAUACAAGAAUGUACAAUGGAUGACAGCUGUCAUUUCUGCAGUGAGUUGGUUAACAUGAAUUAUGAAAUCAAUCAUUGCUUUAAAAACCAAAUAUAGUAUGUAUCAAUUUCUCAUAUAAAGAAUCUUAUCAUUUUUAUAAGCAAACUUACAUUAUACCAUCAGUGGAAAUAAUCUGUAAUACAAGUUUAACACUGUAAAUAAAAAAAAUUAAUAAAAGUAACUGACUCUACUUUCAGAGUAGAAACUGGCUCACUUCUGUUUCUUGUACAAGAUGUACCCUAAUAAAGCCUAAGCUAAAAGUUGCCCCUAUGAGACCAGUGGUGUCGUAAGAAUUGAAAACUAAAUGAGAGUUAAAAGUUAGGUUAACUUUUACCUUUUGGGCAACAGCAAUCUAAAGGUGACAGCAACCCCUUGAAGCAUUACAAGUUUUAUGUACUGAUACAAUUUGAACAGUUAACUGUACCUAGCAACACCAAUUCAUUAUACUAUGAAAAUAAUUUUUUUUUUAAGUAUUAUCAGCUACAGUCUCUAUUCCUUAGUUACAACAACUCUACAAGAUUUGUUUCUAAAAUUACAAAACCUUGCAGAUGAGGUAGUGAUUCUAAACAGAAUUCUGCAGCCUGUAAUAUACAAAAAUUAUCUAAACAUGAAGUCAGCUCUGUUUGCAGCUCAGUGGUCAGGUUAGUGCAUUAAUAAAUGACUAAUAUGUACCACUAUCUGUGAAAUAAUGAUAAAUAUUGGUGCCAUAACAGCAGAGGACAUAAAAAUGUUAUUCUGGAUUAGACACUAAACGAGCACUUAAGAAUUUCUUACCCAGACUUUCCAUUAAGCAGUUCAAUCUGUUGAAAACACCUAUUGCAAAUUCAUGUUCUUGUUUUGAAUGUUCUCUUCAGUACAUACACUUAAGGCAUUUAUGUUUCACCCACACUAACAAUUAUUCUUCGGUAACCUUCCUUAUCUUCAUCUCUACCUAUUUUCAUAAAUUAGAUUAACUUAAAAUUUGGCACUACUGCACUUUCUAUCACUAAAAAUUUACUUACAUUUUUGCUGGCUAUAUUGCUAUUCCCUCUGCAUAAUUAAUAUUACUACAGUACCAGUCAAAACUGCUGAUGUGAUACACUACAUUUACUAUUCUUAGUCAAAUACCUACUUGUAUUCUAACUACUUGAGUAGUUUUGAGCAUUUUACAGCAUACACUGUUUACAGAAAUUUAUAGAGCAUACUAUGUAGACUUGUUAUUACGUACCAAUUGCUCUUAAUUCUGUCCUAUUCUACCAAUUCUUUGCAAAAAAUAAAUAAAUAAAUAAUCUGGUAAACUAAGGAUUAUCCUUAAAUAACUUCGGUUAAUGUGGCAUCAGCAGAAAGAAAUGUCAACAAGUGCCAAGUCUGUUAUUUUUGUGUUCACGGUCUUCCUCCUCUUUCUGUACUCAAGUGCUCCAAUCUUCUAUGGUACAGCUGAAAAACAGGUCAUAUUACUGUACUACCACCUGCACUCAGCAUAUUAGCGAUGCAUUUCGUCAUUAAGGCCAAAUUAUUUAUGAAGACAAUGUAGAAACAGCUGUAUCACCUUGUUUAUGCUGGUACAACCAUAAAUUUCAGUUGGUAAGCACAGCACGUACUAGCUUCAUAACUUAUGACCGUAAAGAAGAUUACAAAGCAUGGCAACAAAAUGUACUGGGCUACCUAAGAACAAUAAUUUAUUGAAUAAUAUUUAGAUUUUUUUAUAUGAAUAUGUAAGCAUUCAAACAAGAUACGUAAAUGAAGAGAUAUAUUUAUCGUAAAUUAGUGUCAUAGAGUUAUGAGAAUAAAAGAGAGUAUCUAGGAUUUUCCUUAGGUGGUUUAUAAGAGUUUUAUUUUAUUUAUGUUCUGGAAGAUGAAAAAAAAGAAAUAUGUAAACUAGUAUAAAGGAAUUUGAAUGUGGAAAUAUCGCCUUCAUGUUAUUCACAUUUGUGUUAUUCUGUUUUGACAUCCUAGAAGAGGAAUUGUAUAACGUGGUCAUCAAUAGUAAUGACAAGAGCACAUUGUUAAUGCCUUGGUAAUACUUUGAUACUUGUGGUAAAGUAAAUUCUAAAACAUUUCAUUCAUUAAAAAAUGACAAAACCAACAGUGGUCCUGUAGAAUUAUUUGGUGGUUGUCAAAACUGAGAAAAUUCAGUUCUUAUUUUUGUAUCACUAAGUACUGUGGUUAAUCAUUCUUACAUGUAUUACAAACUUUUAAUAAGAUAAAAAUUCAAGUUUAUUUGAACAUUUUGUUCAAGAUAAAAGUAUUUAGUAAACAAAUGCAUACAUUUUAGCAGUUAUGGACCUUAAAAUACCUAUUACAGUACAAUGUCACGACAGAGAUGUUAUCAAAUCCACAGUAUCUACUCAUUAUAGAUUUUUUAAAAUUUGAAUGAUAGACUUGACAUGCUUUCAUAAUGAAACUUACUGGCACUUCCACAUUACUAAUUUGCAUUGCAGAUUGAUCAAUUUUCUCAAACUCCCUUAAGUUUAAGGAAACCCUGGUGAUCGACUACUUUUUAAAAUAUUAAUCUUAAGCCCUCACAUAACUAAUUAACUGCAGUAUGUUUUCAUAAAACAUAAGUUAUUGGGGUUGUAGUAGUUUCAAAAUACACUUUUCUUAUGCCGUAUGUCAAUCCAUCCAUUUUUAUAAAGUUUGAUUGAUGAUAUUCACUAAUUAUCACAUCAGGUUAUACGUAUAAAUAACAGAUCUUUAACCCAAGCACUUAGGGAAGGAUGGUACUGCAUGGCCAGCAUACGCAUCACAGAGCCUGUGGUCCACAACCACUUCAAUGCAUUGAUGCAAAUCAAAGAUCAGUUCUCUAGAGUGAAAGUGAAACUUUCAUCUCACUUUUACUAUUUAAAUUGAUAGGUACAACAGUAUACAGUAUAUGAUGCAAAGUAAAGUACCCAGUUAGCCUGGUUAUUUUGGGGACCAUAUCAGAACAUUACGAAACAUAAAUAAAAGAAAUUAUAUAGUCAUCACAGCACAUAUUGCAUUGCAGUAGUGUGUAGAUGCUGUGAAUGUUUAUUGAUUAUAUACACACAUUGCAUUGCAGUAGUGUGUAGAUGCUGUGAAUGUUUAUUGAUUAUAUAAACUUAAUAUGAAAUUCUACUGCAGCAGCCUAAAAAUUUCCUGUAUACUAAACCCCAGGCUUUAACUUUCAGGUCAUUUCUUAUUAUACUUCUGUAGUUAUAGCUCCUUUUAGCUUCAAAUGAAAAAAAAGAAGAUAUCAUAGGUCAUGAUGAGUAGAGUUAAAUAAACUUAAAUAGUAAUUUUUACCUUUACGCAUUAAUAACUGAAGAUUUUGACAACUGCUUCAUUAAAUAGUUUAAGGAUGAGCAUUUUUAAUACUUGGUGGAGUUUCUUCACAUUAUGACAUUCUUAUUCUUAUGUUACUGUUUAGUAGUUCUACUAGUAAUAUACAAGCUCAAAUUUAAUUUCUGAUGUUAAAAAACAGCUAUGUAUUAGAUUUGUAAUCAUUAAUAAUUUGUCACAUUCUCUCUUUUCUCCAUAAAGUUUCAUGUUGACUACCAAAUUUCCAUCUUCCUUCUCUUUAACUGUACGGUGACAACUAAGGCUACAUAUAAAUUUUCUCUAAAGUUACAUUUGUCUGUAAUGCUAUAGUGGUAUUCAUCCAGGGGCUUGAGAAUUCAAUGGGUUACAUGUUUUGUGACUGAAGUACUGUAUCAAUUUUUGCUAUUUGUAGUUAUUUACAAGUUAGUAACCUGCAAAGAACCAGUACUUGAAUACUAAUUUCAUUCAGGAAGCAAGUCCGCCUUUUUAUGAAUCUGAGCCACUGCUCUUCAUACGAACUGGUAUGGCUGUCUCUUUCAUGAUUGUGUGUUCCACUUCAUAACAUCAGUGUUGAACACAAAUGAACCUUAUUCAUAGCAACUGCAUUAAAAUGGAUCUCAUUUGCAUCAGUAACUUGAUGGCAACUUUCAGUCUAGAAGUAGCGCAGAUUAUUUUUAUGGAUAAAACUGUAGACAAGCAGCACCACAAAAGGUGGCCUUAUAAUUAUACAUUAGAGACAGUUAAUCCAGUUUUUAUUUAGGUCAGUGAUCUUAGCCUUAUGGCAGAUAUCGCAAUGUGCAAUCUGCUGUUUUCUUCUUCCAUUUAUUAUGUAACAGUCCAUCAAUACUGUCAUAAGUUGGAUGAAUUGGCAUAUAUCUUUCAUUUUACCAUUUCAUGUUAAAUGUUCUUACAAUGAAUUGAUAGACAAUGAUUUUUCAUAGCUUGAAAAAUUAUCUAAAUUUCUGUUUCCUUGGUAGUUUGAUGUUAAAAUUCACCUGUGAUCAAAGUGCACUUUACAUCUACUUACAAGGGUAUUUUUAUCCUUGUCACUAGCCAUCUCAAAGCUGUGUUUUCAUGUUCACAAUUUUUGAACAUCUGUACCUUGCUUUACUAAAGAUAUGUCAAAUUAUGUCCUUGGUAACUGUGUCAUUAAGUACUUUAGGUUCAGUGAUUGAAAGAGUGUUUCAUUUUCAUCAAAUAUUUCUUAGGUUUUGAGAAGGGUAAAAAAAAAAAAAUAGUAGACAUGAAAACACUGCUGUUCUUAUGGGCCAGAUUUUGCGCGAUGGUCGAAGUAAAGGAGAAACACAGCCCUGCGCAUUUCUGGCAUUAGUUCUUUAUAGAGUUUCAGAAAUACUGUUGUUAUUCGUUGUAUCACUCCUAGUUGAAAAGUGUGUUAAUAAUGCCAAGUUUUGUAUAUCAUCCCUAUUUUCUAUUGCAAGUUGUUAUAUGCAUGCAUCCUUUAUGGAGUGUGUCACUGUGAAUCAGAAUUUCAUUUUUGUUACUUAAUAGGCUUUAAAUAGCAGUUUUGAUGGUGUGACAGUUUAGAUAUUGUUUUCAUUAUUAAUGCAUUAGCACCCUACAACAUUCUUAUUAGUAAAAUUCGAUAAGAUUUUGAUAAUAUUGUUUGCAAAAUUAUGGCAACAAAAACCAUUAUUUUUUUUUACAUCAUACAAAAGCAUACCACAGUGUCAGUAAGUGUGCAGCACAUCCUACAUAUAAGAUGGGACUUAAAUGAUCAUGCUCCUGGAAUUCUGGGUUACUUGAAAAAUUAUUUAGGAUUCUAAACUGACAAACUUUAGCUCUGACUGCCUCUGAUAUGUUGAUUAAAAUAUGCGCUUGAAUUUGAUUUUAUGGCUAAAUAAUAUCUGGCAUUAGAGAUAAUUACCAAACAUCUAAAUUAUUUGUUCAGUCACCAGACAAGACAAAAUCAAUUCAUUAUUAGCAACAGACAAUAAAUAAUGUACAUACAUAUGAAGGAACUUGUCAGUAGUAUAUACAUUACCAAGCCUGUAAAGUAGUAUAUCUUGCAGCAUUGUGUUAAAUUCACCAUUACAAAAAUGAAAAUUUUGGCCUUCACCUUACUUCUAAACAUUUUAAGAAUAGACGCUCAGUAGAUUUAUUGUUCAAUGUGUCUUGUCACUUCCAAGGCCAAAGAUUACAAAGUAAAUAUGAUAACCCUUCAUGCAGCCUCAAUGCAAAGGAAUUACAGUGCUUGUGCUGUGUUUAAAUAACAGGAUAAUUCCACUACUUAUCUGCAACUGUAUCACUGCACUUCAAAACUUCCAUCUAUGAAAAUACUUUGCCUUAUCAGCUAUAUUUGAACAUAAAAUAUUAGUAAUAGUGCUAUCCAGUAAUGAUUAGAAUUAUUAAAGGCUUGUAUACUGCUGACAUUGAAGCUCAAAUACAUUUAUCUAAAAACAGAUAUAUUUAACCUUUGGACACUGACAAUGAAAUUCCAGGAAUUAUUUAAAUCAACAAAAUUUACAGUUUUAUGAUUCAGACUAUUUCGAAACAAAAAAGGUCAUUAUCACGUAUAGUCCGCUAUUGACUGGUAAAUUCUCAUUAUGGUGUUCUGCUUUAUGAAGAUAAAUGAAUUGCUGCCCCCAACCCCCCGCGGAUGCUUAAUUUUAUAUUUCAUUAAUGUACUAUCGGGUUACCUUUAAUUUCCUCUUCAAAAGACAUUAUUUGUACUGAAAUCACACAGAGUUGUGUGUUCUACAGUAGAGGUUGAGAUACCAUGUGGUUGAGUCAUAAUGCUAGCUGUGCAAAAUCAGACUAUUAGUAUUCAUACCACAGCUUUCUUCUUAUUAGUGCAACUUUGGAUAUUUGUUAUACAAGUAUUCUGUUGUAAAGUUUCCAACUUGUUUAGUGUGUUUAAUAAAUGAUGUUAUGUGUGUAUUUUACUGCCAAGUCUCUCUCUCUUCCUCCCCUAAUCCAAUGUUUCAUAAAAAUAUUUUGAUCUGUAUGUUUUUGGCCAUUUUUAUUUUUGUUUUUUGAGAGAGAGAGAAUUUUAGCUGGUGUAUGAUUCUGUUGUCAACAUUUGAAUGUUCUACUACAAGGGUUUUGCAGAGUUAAUCAAAAUAUCUUAGGUCUUUGAUACAAAAGAAUUGAAUUUAUAUCAGUAAGUUCAGUGUAUCCUUGAUACAAAUUUGCCUGAUUUUUAAAAAUAUUGCAAAACUUAACUACUGGAUGAUCUGUCAGUAAAUAUCGAGAUCAUUACCCUCUUUCUUACAGUGUCAAUUUGUGUGUCAAACUUUGGGAUUUAUGUACUUACAUUUUAUGUAGAAAAUGUUGUAUGGUUUAAAAAAAAAAUAAAAAAAGACAAAAAAUAUUAUGCUAUGACUUUUAUAAUCUUUAGUUUUCAGGGGACUACUUUCACUGUCUAAUUAAGAGCCUACUUGAUGUGAUACAUCACUUUAUUUGCAGGUUUAUGAAUACAAAUGUAAUGACAUUUGUCCCUUGCAAUUCAUAGUUUGUUAUUGUAGUGUUGUGAGAAAUCAGAUUAAUGUCUAAUUUUUUAUGACGUGUUAAGUUUUAUGUGAAAGGUUGAGCAGAUUCACUGUAUUACAAUAAUUCUUCUAUCAUAUUAAGCCACUGCAUUUUUAUAUAAGAGCCCUUUCUUGCUCUCUAGCUGUACAUAUCCAUUGGUUGCCUCUUUGCAACUUUUAGUAUUAAAAUCUUUUUCAUACCUCUUUCUUAUUACCGCAGCAUUUUUCCAUUUUUCAGAUAGGAAGUUCAUAUUAUUCAUUGACUCUUAAAAUUGCAUUACUGAGGUUACAUUUUACUUGGGGUUUCAGAAGACAGUUCAGAGCCCCAAUUAUUUUUACAACUUGUUAUCAAUAUGGAAUGAAAUGUUGAAGCAUACGAUCACUAUACCAUGAAUAACUAAUUUUGAAAAGAUCACAGUAGAUAGUAUUGUUGGGAGUUAAACAUUUUAUAUUUGACUAGAGUAUUACCUCAUUCAAUUUUACCCGGUAAAAUUUUGCACUUCAAAAGAUAAGUGCAAGGUUUACAGCGAAGUUAUUUAUAGGUAUAGGGGUCAAAUUAAUACUCAAGCUUUUAUAUACAAAGUGCUUUUAAUGUAAUCUUUGAUUGUUUGAGAAUCAUUGUGGUUACUUAUAUAAAACCUUUUUCCUUAUGAUAAAA